AUGCAAAAAAAACAAAUAUUAGACAAUCAAUGGAGGAGUUUGCCAAAUGCACAAACUCGUCAUCCUAAAGGUUUGAAUGAAAUUAGUGAGCCAGAUAACUUUUGGUCUCAAUUACUGAAAACUGAAGAGUUUUCCGAGCUAGCUCAUUUUGCCUUCUCUACAAUGUCCCUACCCCAUGCGAAUGCUGACCGUGAGCAGGUUUUUGGUAAAGUCAUUUUAAUAAAGACACAGAUACGUAACCAGCUAACUGUGGAAACAGUGAACGACACACUUCUUGCUGCAGAGAGCGCAAAAGGUUCAACCCGUACUGGAAACUGCGUCAAUUUUGAACCCACAAAAAAAUGUAAAGCCGCAUGA